AUGCGUCCCACAACCCUCCUCCCCCUCGCCCUCCUCCCCGCCUCCGUCGCCCCCCAGUCCCCCCUCUGCCCCCUCACCCCCUGCGCCGCCGUCCACGUCCUCCUCCUCCGCGGCACCAACGAGCCGUACCCAGGCCUGCAGCAGCCCAUCGCCGAGGCCAUCUGCGCCGACUGGGACUGCACGUGGGCCAGCGUCGAGUACCAGGCCGUCUUCCACGACUACUGCGACUCCAUCGAGGGCGGGAUCGCCAGCACGCGCGACGCCGUGACCGCGUACGCCACGCGCUGCCCGGGCUCCAAGAUCGUGCUGUCCGGCUUCUCGCAGGGCGGGCAGGUCGUCGGGGACGUGCUCGGCGGCGGGGGCGGGACCUUCAGGAGCCAGAACUGCACGCAGGAGGCGAGCGAGGGGAUGGCGCCGGACGUGUUUCCUGGGGACCACGUUGCUGCUGCUCUUAUCUGGGGCUCGCCGCGGCACGUUGCGAACCAGACGUACAACUUGCUCGUCGGUGCGCGGAUGCAAUCGGGCUUCCCCAGGGAGGGCGCGCAGCUGGAGUCGCUUAAUCGAUGGUCUGCGCGGCUGAGGGACUAUUGCAACGACAACGAUCCUGCGUGCGCGCAGGGGACCAGCUGGGAGGCGCAUGAGAAUUAUGGGCUGAAGUAUGCCGAGGACGCUGCUCAGUUUGUAAGGUUUAAGGUGUGCUGA